ACCAAUGGUGGUAUCCACUGGGAUGCAGUCCAUGGAAACCAUACGCCGUGUCUACAAGACAGUAAAGGAGCACAACCAGAAAUUUACUCUCCUGCAGUGCACCAGCGCCUACCCUCUGGAUCCUAAAGAGGUCAACCUUAGUGUGAUCAGGAAAUACCAGGAGGAAUUUCCAGAUGUUCCAAUUGGAUAUUCUGGUCAUGAGAAAGGGAUCUACAUCACUGUGGCUGCCGUGGCGAUGGGAGCAAAAGUUGUGGAACGCCAUGUGACCCUGGAUAAGACCUGGAAGGGAAAUGACCAUGAGGCAUCCCUGGAGCCCUCUGAGCUGGCAGAACUGGUCCGAGCAAUACGACUGGUGGAAACAGCAAUGGGGUCACCAGUCAAGCAAAUGUUACCAUGCGAGAAGACCUGCCAUGAUAAGUUGGGCAAGUCAGUCAUUGCUAAGGUGAAAAUCCCUAAAGCAACAGUGCUGAGCCUGGACAUGUUUGCAGUGAAGGUUGGUGAGCCAAAGGGUAUCCCUCCAGAACAUAUGCAGCAGCUCGUGGGCAAGAAGAUCAAAGUGGACGUUGAAGAAGAUGACAGCAUCUUGGCAGACAUGAUAGAAUAAAGGAUCUUCCCAAACUAUUGGGACAGAGAGGCAGGCAAAUAGAGAAGGAUAGAAAAUAAAUAUGAAGUAAGAUAGGCAGGUAGCUAGAAAAUGGACAGAAAAUGAUAUCAUGUGUGAACAGUGAAAUGCAUAUGGUAAAUUAAAUGUGGGAUAAGACAAAUAUAAAUAUUAUUGAACUUGAAAUCUACGUCUUUAUGUAAUUUGAGUAAAUGUAAUAAUAUAAAUGUAAACACUUUAGAACGUAGAUGUAUAUUGAAAUUAGAUCAUGAUGCCAACUCUGUAUGCAGUCAUAGGCUAUUUUCUGAAUGCCACAGGCCACAUUUUUCAUUCUUCGCUAGUUUGAUGUCUUCUCUCCCUGCCUAUUUUUUCCAGGAUGGAAUCAUAACAAAAAAAGCUAUGGUUAGUUACACAGGAUGGUCAUAUGCAUGUAUUGCAUGUGUCAGGAAUAUUAUUGUGAAAUUAUCUGGGGGACUGCAUAUACACAUGUGGGGCUUUAACUGUAAUCAAAUGUUUCUGUAAUAUU